AUGGAAGAAUCUGGACACAAGAAAAGCAAGGUACAUAAGUAUGAUUCAUCGAUAUCCACAACGGGUACUACCACGGCUUCUCCACCAUAUUCCGAUAAUAUUGAUAACUUAAAAUGUGCUAAUGCAAAUUUAAUUGAUAACUCGGAGUCAUCAGGUCAAGCUAAGGACGCGCUUCUAGACUUUCAAAAAAUCCAAAAUCUAAAUUUUGAACGACACUCCAAGCGUUUAGAACCGUCUCCAAGCAAGAUCUUACCAUCAACACUGCCCUUAACCGACAAGAAAUGUGAAACUAUUGCACGUGCAUCCGAUUGUCAACUACGCGAGAAAUCUUUAUUGGAUAUGGGCUUCAAACCAAAUGAAGUCGAAGGUUGGGAGAAGAUAAUGCAACCGCCGAAAGUUAACCUUUACAAAUUGUUAAAGAAUAUGAUUGAUAAUCAUAUCAAACCGAAUGUACAAAUUCGUAUUGGCCGUGUUACCUUCAAUUGUCACAUGAUGGUUUUGCAGUGCUAUUCCGAUUUCUUUAUGGAUUACAAUAAUGAGGUAUUGAUACAAUUACCGGAAGAAAAGAUUACGCCCACGGCUUUUGUAAUGGUAUACGAUUGGAUGUUAGCCGAAGAACCGUUAGUUCAGCGUGAGGGUAUUUUAGAGCUAUUUAAUGCCGGAAAUUUUUUACGUAUCAAAGAGUUAAUCAACCAAUGUUGGCUGUGUUUGGAUGAUGAUGCAUGUUUUCGUGAAGACACUGCCUUGCUACUGUAUUUGGAGGCACGUAAAUAUUGUUUAGAAAGUUUAGAGCAAUUGAUGUUGAUGCGCAUAUGCAAAUUCUUUUUGACGUUGGUCGCUUCUAAAGAAUUUCUAAUAUUAUCAGCUAGAGAAGUGUGCACUUUGCUGUCAUCGAACACAAUUGGAGUCAAUUCUGAAACUGAGAUUUUCAUGUCUGUUGUACGUUGGUUAAGUCAUAAUUGGGAGGAAAGAAAAUGUCAUAUGUUAGAUCUUAUUAGACGCGUACGAUUUAGUCUAAUGCCACCAUGGUUCUUAGUAACGUUAACGAAAAAUCCUGAAUGCCCGGAAAUCGAACAUAUUGUAAACCAUGCUGAAGUUAGAAAUAUGAUCAAUGACGGCAUAACAUAUACCACUACUCAAUCCUAUUACAGAGAAAACCGUGAGGAUUUUCUUAAAUUUUUAGAGCGUUUUCAACUCUUAACCCCUAUGCAACGCCAAUGGGUCUUUGAUAAAGAAUGCAACUAUCAUCAUCGUCUUGAGUGCCCUAAUCUGCAGUACGUUACUUAUAAAUCGUUUUUGGAAUAUUUGGAAAUGAUAAUAUCCAUUGGUAAAGAUUAUUGGCGCAACCUCGAAAUGGCGAAAGGAACUGAGAAGAAUAUGCAGUGCUGCGUACCCUCGGAUUGCCGUAAGCCGGCAGAUCCAAACUUGGUAUGUUGA